AUGAACGUUCAAUAUUACUCAAUUUUAGUAAAUUAUUUGGUUAAAGUUUUGGAAAAUACAGAUUACCGAGAUUACAAGAAACAGAAAACUCAUACAUCUCAAGAAGACUUAGAACAAAAUGAAACCGAUGUAACCGAUGUAAUCAAUAAAACUAUAACUUCUUUUAAAAUAAAUUAUGAUUUAACUUUUAAUAACUUCGGAAAUCUCCGAGAAAGAUCAGAUAAUGUUCCGAUCGAGGAAAACAAAAAAUUUAGAUGGUCAUUGGAUAUAUCUAGCAUAAGAAAGUAUCGUGUUGGAAGUUUUAUUUUUGUUGCAGUAUCCCGCAUAGACGUUGAAAAAGAUAUGAAAAAGAAAAAAGGAAAGAUACGACAUGUGUGA